GGUUCCGCCUUCCGCCCUCGCGAAUGGGCCGAAGGUUCCGGCGGGAGCGGUUUCCUCCCGGACCGGUUAUGCCUGCGCACCCCGCCGGCUGAGGGGGAGUUGAGGGCGGGGGAGGGAGCCUGCGGAGAUGUAUGCCGUGUACAAGCAGGCGCACCCUCCCACUGGGCUGGAGUUUUCCAUGUACUGUAACUUCUUCUCCAACGCCGAGCGCAACUUGGUGGUGGCAGGGACCUCUCAGCUGUACGUGUACAGGCUCAACCAUGACUCUGAGACCUCGACCAAAAAUGACAGGAUCUCUGAAGGGAAAGGUCACAAGGAGAAACUCGAGCUGGUGGCUGCCUUCUCCUUCUUUGGCAAUGUCAUGUCCAUGGCCAGCGUACAGCUCGCGGGAGCCAAGCGAGAUGCCCUCCUGCUCAGCUUCAAGGAUGCCAAGCUCUCCGUGGUGGAAUAUGAUCCUGGCACCCACGACCUGAAAACUCUCUCCCUCCAUUUUGAGGAGCCAGAGCUGAGGGAUGGCUUUGUGCAGAACGUCCACAUCCCCAAAGUGCGGGUGGACCCUGAUGGGCGCUGCGCGGUGGAUGCUCAUCUAUGGCACAAGGCUGUGGUGCUGCCAUUCCGCCGAGAGACCCUGACGGAUGAGCAUGAAGGUGUCAUGGGAGAAGGCCAGAAGUCAAGUUUUCUGCCCAGCUACAUCAUUGACGUGCGGGAGCUAGACGAGAAGCUGCUCAACAUCAUCGACAUGCAGUUCCUGUAUGGCUACUAUGAGCCCACCCUACUCAUCCUCUUUGAGCCCAACCAGACCUGGCCUGGGCGGGUGGCUGUGCGCCAGGACACCUGCAGCAUUGUGGCCAUCUCCUUGAACAUCAUGCAGAAGGUCCACCCCGUCAUCUGGUCUCUCAGCAACCUGCCCUUUGACUGCACCCAGGCUCUGGCGGUACCCAAGCCCAUUGGCGGAGUUGUGAUCUUUGCGGUGAACUCAUUGCUGUACCUGAACCAGAGCGUGCCGCCUUACGGCGUGUCCCUCAACAGCCUCACCAACGGCACCACCGUCUUCCCGCUAAGGAUCCAAGAGGGAGUGAAAAUCACACUGGACUGUGCCCAAGCAGCUUUCAUCUCCUAUGACAAGAUGGUCAUCUCGCUGAAAGGAGGGGAGAUCUACGUCCUGACCCUCAUCACCGACGGCAUGCGGAGCGUCAGAUCCUUCCACUUCGACAAGGCGGCAGCCAGCGUCCUCACCACUUGCAUGAUCACCAUGGACCCCGGCUACCUCUUCUUGGGCUCGCGUCUCGGCAACUCCCUCCUCCUCAAAUACACAGAGAAGCUGCAGGAGACCCCCAUGAGCGUUGCCAAGGACCCCGCAGAGAAGCCGGAGGAGCCUCCCAUCAAGAAGAAACGUGUGGAGCAGACUGCAAACUGGACGGGGGGAAAGUCAGCUCCUCAGGACGAGGUGGACGAGAUCGAGGUGUACGGCAGCGAAGCCCAGUCUGGGACCCAACUUGCCACCUAUUCUUUCGAGGUGUGCGACAGCAUCCUGAACAUCGGUCCCUGUGCCAACGCCGCCAUGGGGGAGCCUGCUUUCCUUUCUGAAGAGUUCCAGAACAGCCUUGAGCCCGACCUUGAAAUCGUCGUGUGCUCAGGAUACGGCAAGAACGGCGCCCUCUCGGUUCUUCAGAAAAGCAUCCGCCCUCAAGUGGUGACGACCUUUGAACUCCCAGGCUGCUAUGACAUGUGGACGGUGAUCUCGCCCCAGAAGACGGAAGAGGCAGCGGAGGAAGACGCCCAGGGAGAAAGCGCAGAGAAGGAGCCGGCCCCACCAGAGCCUGCUGAUGACGGGAAGCGGCACGGCUUCCUCAUUCUGAGCCGGGAAGACUCCACCAUGAUCCUGCAGACAGGCCAGGAAAUCAUGGAGCUGGACACCAGCGGCUUUGCCACCCAGGGGCCCACUGUCUAUGCCGGCAACAUUGGCGAGAACCGCUACAUCGUCCAGGUGUCUCCCCUGGGAAUCCGCCUGCUGGAAGGAGUGAACCAGCUGCACUUCAUCCCAGUGGAUCUUGGCUCGCCUAUCAUACACUGUGCCGUGGCCGACCCCUAUGUGGUGAUCAUGAGCUCCGAGGGGCAGGUCACUAUGUUUGUGCUGAAGAGUGACACCUACGGGGGCCGGACACACCGGCUCACCUUGCAGAAGCCGCAGCUGCAUCACCAAUCGAAGGUGAUUGCGUUGUGUGUAUACCGGGACGUCAGCGGCAUGUUCACCACUGAGAGCCAUUCAUCCAGCUCCCGGGACGAGCUUUCCUUGAGGACUCAGUCAGAAUCUGAGGCUCCCAUCCAGGACAUCAGCAACACAAUAGACGAUGAGGAAGAAAUGCUCUACGGUGAAUCCGGCACCUUGUUUAGCCCCACCAAGGAGGAGCCGCGCCGCUGCAGCCUGCCCUUGGCUGACAAGGAUCCUCACCAGUACAAGUCAGAGCCCACUCACUGGUGUGUGCUGGUCCGGGAGAACGGUGCUAUGGAGAUCUACCAGCUGCCUGAAUGGCGCCUGGUCUUCCUGGUGAAGAAUUUCCCCAUGGGGCAGAGGGUGCUGGUGGACAGUUCCUUCGGGCAGCCUGCCAGCCAGGGCGAGGCCAAGAAGGAGGAGGUGGUCCGUCAGACCGAGAUGCCGCUGGUCAAGGAGGUGCUGCUGGUGGCCCUGGGAAAUCGGCAGAGCCGGCCGUACCUGCUGGUCCAUGUGGAUCAAGAGCUGCUCAUCUACGAAGCUUUUAACCACGGCUCUCAGCUGGGCCAGACCAACCUCAAAGUGCGGUUCAAGAAGGUUCCCCAUAACAUUAACUUCCGGGAGAAGAAGCCCAGGCCGUCGAAGAAGAAGCCGGACGGCGUGGGUGGAGAGGAAUCGGGGGCUGCCAGGGGGCGGGUUGCCCGAUUCCGCUACUUUGAGGAUAUCUAUGGAUACUCGGGGGUGUUCAUUUGUGGCCCCUCCCCACACUGGCUGCUGGUAACGUCUCGGGGAGCCCUACGCCUGCACCCCAUGACCAUAGACGGCCCCAUUGAGUCCUUUGCCCCCUUCCACAACGUCAACUGCCCCAAGGGCUUCCUCUACUUCAACCGGCAGGGGGAGCUGCGCAUCAGCGUCUUGCCUGCCUACCUUUCAUACGAUGCACCGUGGCCCGUCCGGAAGAUCCCACUGCGCUGCACCGCACAUUACGUAUCCUACCACGUGGAGUCCAAGGUCUACGCGGUGGCCACCAGCAUCAACAACCAUUGCACCAGGAUCCCCCGCAUGACGGGCGAGGAGAAGGAAUUUGAGACCAUCGAGCGAGAUGAUCGCUACAUGCACCCGCUGCAGGAGGCCUUUUCCAUCCAGCUGAUCUCUCCAGUCAGCUGGGAGACGAUUCCAAACACCAGGAUCGACCUGGAGGAGUGGGAGCACGUGACCUGCAUGAAGACCGUGUCUCUCAAGAGCGAGGAGACUGUCUCGGGCCUGAAGGGCUACAUCGCCGUGGGGACUUGCCUCAUGCAGGGCGAAGAGGUGACCUGCAGGGGCCGGAUCUUGAUCAUGGACAUCAUCGAAGUGGUUCCAGAGCCUGGGCAGCCCCUCACCAAGAACAAAUUCAAGGUGCUGUACGAGAAGGAGCAGAAGGGGCCCGUUACUGCUCUCUGCCACUGCAAUGGCUACCUGGUGUCGGCCAUUGGCCAGAAGAUCUUCCUGUGGAGCUUGAAGGACAAUGACCUGACGGGCAUGGCUUUCAUCGACACGCAGCUCUAUAUCCACCAGAUGAUCAGCGUCAAGAACUUCAUCCUGGCGGCCGACCUCAUGAAGAGCAUCUCGCUGCUGCGCUACCAGGAGGAGAGCAAGACCCUCUCCCUCGUCAGCCGGGACGCCAAACCCCUGGAAGUUUACAGCGUGGACUUCAUGGUGGACAACGCUCAGCUGGGAUUUCUUGUGUCUGACAGGGACCGGAACCUCCUUGUUUACAUGUAUCUGCCGGAAGCAAAGGAAAGCUUUGGGGGGAUGCGCCUCCUCCGCAGGGCCGAUUUCCACGUGGGAGCCCACGUCAACGCCUUCUGGAGGACCCCGUGCCGCGGGGCCAUGGAGGGGCCCACCAAGAAAUCCAUUGCCUGGGAGAACAAGCACAUCACCUGGUUUGCCACGCUUGACGGAGGGAUCGGGCUGCUGUUGCCCAUGCAGGAGAAGACCUACCGGCGCCUGCUGAUGCUGCAGAACGCCCUGACCACGAUGCUGCCCCACCAUGCCGGCCUCAACCCGCGUGCCUUCAGGAUGCUGCACAUGGACCGGCGCAUCUUGCAGAACGCCGUGCGCAAUGUCUUGGACGGGGAGCUGCUCAACCGCUACCUUUACCUGAGCACCAUGGAGCGCAGCGAGCUGGCCAAGAAAAUCGGCACCACACCGGACAUUAUCCUGGAAGAUCUGCUGGAGAUCGAUCGCGUCACAGCUCAUUUCUAAGGAUUCCCCUUCCCCACAACUGCGCCCCUCGAUUUGGCUGCAGGGGGCGGCCCAGCCUCCCUGUCUGCCCCCCCCCUCGGAACCCCAAUGUUUGUAAUGUCUUCCUGGCUGGGCUACAGGACUCUUUAUCAGUUAUGUGUUUUUAUAAAGCUGGCAAGGAUUUGUAAAGAAA